GAGAUUCUUCUGCACUCGUCCUUCAGUGAACGUUGUGUUCCUCUUCCACGUCUGCUUCCAUCAUGAAGCUCCUCAGUGUAGUUCUCCUUCUGCUUCCACUCUCGGCCUGUUUGGCUGAAGUUGUGGAUGAUUUUACUGUGAGCUGUCCACAAUUCUUCCCUCCGGUGGAUGGAACAGCUUCUCCUCCUACGAGGUUUAUUGGGUCUCGAUUUAAACAGAUCUGUCAAACUCGAAACAAUCAACCUGAAUUUGCAACAUUUUAUGACACGGAGAACAAAAUCCCCGUUUACUCAUCCUACACGUUUGAUGGACGAGUGAGUUGUGAAAGAAAAUCGGCGUGGUUUAUUGAACCUCGGCUGGAAGUUGGAGGGAAGGGAGCAAAAAUGGCCUCUGAGGCUGCUGUGAGAAAAGAAGUAGUGAAUGUAGAGAAUCAGGCUCUGAAUGGAGAUUAUAAGUACUCUGUCUACGAUAAAGGGCAUCUGCUUCCAGUUUACCUUGCCCACACACAGAGCUGUUCUGACGCCACCUUCACUCUGACCAACGCUGCACCACAGCAUUACUCAUUCAACCGUGGACAGUGGAAGAAGACAGAGGAGACCAUGGCUGUAGUUCUGAAAGCUGAUUGCAUUAAUAAAGGCCUGAGUGCGUAUGUAGUAACUGGGGUUGUGCCGGGUAAUGAUACGUUAAAUAACAGAGUGAGAAUUCCCAGUCACUACUGGACGGCAUUCUGCUGCCUGGAUCAAAACAAUAAAUUCAAACUCUCAGGUGGAUAUAUUGGAGAAAAUUCUAAAGAUAAUCUUGAACCGAUACGGAACAGCGUGCAGGACCUUGAGAGACAUUUAACAGGGGAGUAUAAGAAACAUUUCCCUAACCAAAUCCCUAAUAAAGCUUUCACUCUGUUUGAUGGAAAAUGCCAUGAAACUGCAGGAACAGAAAACCAGAACACGGACAGUGACAGCGAACAGAUGGGAAACAAUAGAAACAGUUCUAAGCGGAGAAAACUGGCAAAUACAAGCUGUAGAAAAAGGAACAAAAAACCCUAAUUUAACUGAUUAAUCGUCAGUAUGUUUAAUGAUUUCUGCAUCUGUCCUGUAUGUUUCAAAUUCAGUGUAGCAACUUCUAAAAAAUAUACACUUUAAAAGAUAAUAAUAAUCACAAAUCAGUAAUGUGUUGAUUUACAUAUUUUUGUACUUUUAAUCAAUUGAUUUCUGUCACUAAAUUGGGAUCAGAUUUUUUAUCAUUAUCACUGAAGUGCAGGUUGAUUUUCUCUCCUUCUUUCCUUCAGUUAUAACUCAAUAAAGAACAGAAGAUUAAA